AUGGCGGCGUACAAGAAGCUUGAGGAAGUUUCCACGGAGGAUAUCUCCGCCGCCGGUGUGCCGCCGCGCGAGGCGGCGCGAGUCAACGGCGAGCUCCGGAGGAUUCUACAGGAGACACAGGAUGAUGCGGAGGAGACUUGGCGGCGCGUCUCGAGUCGGGUCCUGAGGCCCGAACAUCCCUUCCCGCUCCACCAGAUGAUGUUCUACGGCUGUUACAAGGACUACGGCUCUGAUACCCCGCCGGCCUGGAUUCCCGACCCGUGAGCUUUCCCUCCCCGUCCCGACGGGUUAAUUUUGUCCGGAAACUGGAACGCACCGCGACAUAGUGAUAACUUAGCGGGACAGGUGUAUUUUUAGUUCCAUGAAAGGUUUUUUUGGUUUGGUUCCUCUGAAAGUGUUCGACUUUGUUCGUUCGGAAUAUUUUUCACUGAGACGAUGUAGUCUCUCUGCCGGAGUUUUGAUGUCUCUGAUGAUUAUGGCCUGCGUAACGAAAUUUGACUGUUGAAUUUCUGCCGACUAGCUGGAAACUUUAUAUCAGUUGGACGAGGAAAAAAUCAGUGGUGUGUUCCUUGCCUACUUCCAAAUUUCAACUGGCAAAUGUGGUUUACCAUUUAGUGAGAAAACGAGGGAGAAUAACCUUUUAUCAAUCUACUCUUUGUUUUCUUCUACGGGGUAUCUGAGUCAUCAUCUAUUCGAACACUAGAGCUUUCUCUCCCCUAUGGUCACAGCUAACGCGGCAGAUACACUUACAGGGACACUGCAUUCUCAACAAAUAUUGGUCGUCUAUUGCAAAGAUGUGGGAAAGAGUUUCUGGGUCCAGGAUACAAGGAUCCUAUCUCAAGUUUCCUUGACUUUCAAAGAUUUUCUGCAUCAAACCCUCAGGUAUUACUAAUUGAACUUUUACAUCCUGUUCCAAAGGUCAGACUCUGUUUUGACGUACCACUGAUUCGUUCUAGUAGGUUUACUGGACAACGCUGUUGGAUGAGAUGGGAAUCUCGUUCUCAGUGCGCCCCACUUGUAUUCUAAAAGAAGACAGUUCACACCCUGGGGGACAGUGGCUUCCCGGUGCUGUCUUGAAUGCUGCUGGAAAUUGCUUGAAUUUGAAUGGUAAAAGAAGAUUAGAUGAUGUUGUAAUUAUAUGGCGUGAUGAAGGAUAUGAUUCCUCGCCGGUGAACCACAUAACAUUAAAUGAACUUCGGACUGAGGUUAGGUACGUUACUUAUGCUGAAAACUAUUUGCUUAUCAUUAUUAAUGUUACAUAGUUUUUUAUGGCUGUUUUAAUUCCUAUAUGUUUACUGGCUGAAGCUGUCCUGAGCUGGAUAUACUUCGGUGCCUAAAUUUGUAUAGUUCCUGUUUGUACAUGUACUAUUCUUUAUUUCUGUUAAAAUAUUUGUGGUUCAAAGUGAAAACUCAAGUUUCCAUUCUCACGUGUUCAACUGUAAUGGGACAUCUUUGCCAUGUAUAUGUAAGAGGGAAGCUGGAAUGCCUUUAGAAACUUACAUGCAGGAAGAUCCCAUCUAUUCUCCGUGCAUAUAUACGAAGAUAUACCAAAAAAUUCUCAAGCUUUUGUUCCUGAUGGAAACUUACAUGCAGGAAAUUUGCAUUAGAUAUUUUACUACUUUGGUCCUGAUGGAUUAUCCUAUCUGCGCUCCGUGCAUUGUUUCUUUCUGCUUUUUGUCAUGUGGAAACUGUGCUCUUAUAGAGUGAAAGAUUGCUUCAUCAACGAAACAAAAAUUCAUGUAAUAUUAACAGAUAAUUUAUUUUUUAAGGAUAAGAAUACCACAUGCCUGUAGUUAUUUACAACGAACAUUGAUUUGUGCUAACCGCAAUGGUUGUUUCUGCCUCUUGAAUAUCCUCACCUCGUUUGGAGCUCAAUUCCUUAAUUGAAUAUGCGGUUAAAAAAAAUUGAAAUUCCCUCUAUGUAAAACUCCUGUGAUUAACCCAAACAAACGUUCAGAUCUAUACCACAUACAUUCAUUAUCAGAGGGCCAGUUGGGACGGUAAGAUUUGGAUUUUGUAAAGUUCAUUAUUGGAGGGGUAAAGGAAGAAGAGGACAGGAAAUGAAAAAUGAAUGGAGAAAAGGACCUGAGAGAAGUGUUAGGUGCCUGCCUAGAAGAAAAAUGGAAAGUUUCUUGGAAGGUCUGGUUCAGAUAGAGCCGAAGCAGAAUUGCAUGGAAGUCAUUAAACCUAUCUAUCUCUGUUUGUCAACUCAUGUCUAACGUAUCUAUAUAUAUAUAUAUCAGUAAUGUGACGACCUUAGUUGGGAGGAAUUUUCUAGAUGUCUCGUUUGAACUAUGGAAAACUGUAUUAUUUAUCUUUGGGGAUCCUUCCUUUAAUAUUGUGGACUUCUUAAAAGCUAUCCGCCUGCGGUUGUUACCGCAAGGUGAUAUAAGCUGUGGAUUUGUUUUUUCGCCUCUUCAAAGUUUUCAAUAAUAAGGUAUGUUUUCUUCUGGUCAUAACACUUGGAUACUAUGUGCGUAUCACUUCACCUUUUAUAGUCGCCACAAGGUGAUAUAGCCAAUGUUUUUAUUUUUUCACCUUUUGAAGGUUUUCAAUUUGAAGAAAUAUCUUCUCUGGUCACCAAUUCAGGCUAUAUUUUAUCUCUGAGCACAUCUGUGCUUCGUCUAACGUUACGUUUACCCACAAGAUCAUUAUAAUUAGACAUUUUCAGAGAAAACGCAUUGUCAAGCAAUCCUAUGUUUUAAGUAGGAUUUAGGCCGGCCAAAAGUCAAGGGUAUUGUUGAAACAUUCGUACAUUAAUUUCAUCAUUAUAUAACUCAUAUAUUCAAGCUUCCUCCAAACCAUCGCUUCUUAUGCCUCUUUGCUUGAAACAUUGGUACUGUUUAUUAUUGCAGCGUGGUCGCCAAAGCCCUUGAAACAUUGGGGCUGCCCAAAGGAUCUGCUGUUGCGAUAGACAUGCCAAUGACUUUCACUGCUGUAGUUAUCUACCUAGCAAUUGUUGCAGAGGGCUUUGUGGUUGUGUCAAUUGCUGACAGCUUUGCUCCCAUUGAAAUAUCAACAAGAGUGAAGAUAUCAAACGCUAAGGCAAUUUUCACCCAGGUACGCGUUAAAUUUCAUUUUUGCUAGUUCUCUAUGAUAAGUGUUAUUAAAAUUUCUUGCAUUUUCUGUACUCUGCCUGUAGUUUUUACCCAGAAGUACCUAACUAAUUCGUUAUCGUCAUCAAGUUGAAGACAGUCUUAUUUUUUGUAAUAGAUGUGAAGGUUAUCUAUACUAAUUAUAUCAUAGUGAUUUGGAAUAACACUUCAUUAUUUAAGGGGAUUUUUUUUCAUUAUUUUUUCUAUUUUUUAAAUAAAAUGGCGCUUUAAUAAUACAGGCUUAGAUAUUGAAAUGUUUUACAACAUAGUAUAUCAUUUGAUAUGUGUUGUGCUAACUGUUUGACAGUUAACCGUAGCCUAUAAUAUGUGUGUAUUUAUUAUUCAGACAUCUUCCUUGAUUUAUUUGUGUUAAAUUUGUGUAGAUACGAUCUUCCUAUGCUUAAUAAAUUCACCUUUCUAGGAUUACAUUGUCCGUGGUGACAAGAAUAUACCCUUGUACAGGUUGCAACAUCUGCCCAGAAAGGUUUUUUUUCACUUCUUGGGAUUCCUUUGAAUUAAUUUUAUUGAUUCUAAUAUCACUUGUUGGUUUAAUCAGUAGAGUUGUAGAUGCUGAUUCUCCAUCAGCGAUCGUGGUUCCCACUAAAGGUUUCUCCUUCAGUAGAAAGUUGCGAGACGGUGACAUUUCUUGGCAUGAUUUUUUAGAAAGAGCUAAAAACUCCAAGUAUGCUUAUCUACCACAUAUGCUUUUAUUUCCUUUAGUCAUUCUUUAAUUUGCACUUGCUUAGAUACUGAGUCUGGUACCUUCUCUUCUUCUUUACUGUCGACUUGUACAGCUGUUAUACCUUUGAAACCUUUGAUCCAUUAGGCAUUUAAGAGAAUCCGGAAGUAUGACAUCGGAAAUAACUUUCAGGAUAGAGGCUUUUUUGGAUUUAGCUAAAAAUUCCUAUAUUGGUUGUCUGGUGGUUGGAUUUACAUUUAGUUCGUAUCAGAUGGAUUAUAUAUCAAUUAAUAUUCUUAUAUUUGACGAUGAAUCCAUGCUAAAUCAAAUUCCUUCCACUGGCUUAGCUUUGUUGUGAAUAAUCAAUAAUUUCACUACUAGAAUGUACGUGACAUGCAUUAUAAGUUUUGCAAUCGUGUAGCAAGAACCAUAUGAUGUGGGACAAUAUCAUAUAGGACAAUAGGUGACUUCGGACACCAUUUUUUAAAUUAUAAUGUUGUUUGGAAUGUGAACAUCCUUCUCUGUAUAGUGAAAUAGAGAAUGAAGGGAGCCACCGAGCCUCAGUAAAUCAUCUGGGCUAUGAGAAACUAAAACUUCUUGUUGGUAAGGAUACCUUUCGAGAGUAUCUGGAAUACAGUAUUCUGGAUACAAAUGUAAUACAUAAUCAAUUCUUUUGUUGUUAUGCGACUCUGAAUACAGAUAGAGAUCUGUUUAUUUUUCCCUAAAUGAUGAUGUUAUGCGACUAUGAAUUCUUUUGUUGAAGCAAACUCAUCUUGGGUUUAAAUUGUAAAAAUUGGUGUAACUAUGUGGAAUGUGUCAGUUGUAGCAAUCGAUUGCUGUUGCAGAGUGUGGAGAGGCCGUCCGCUAUUAUACCUGUUGUAAGUGGUGAGGGCAAUAAUUUUAGGUGGUUGAUAGUGAUGGCAGCAGCAGAUGGUUCACGGUUGUCAUGUUGGGGUGGAGUAUUUAUGUUAGUUCAUAUUAUUUUAUUAAAAUAUUAAUUUUUUUCUUAAAUGAAGCCUUUCAAUUCAUGUAUUUUAUCAUGUCAGAGAGAGAAAAUCGAAACCUAAUGGAAAAAAUAAGAAUUUAUGUCUAAGAGCAUGUUCUUCCAGGCAUUUAGAAUGCUUUCCUUUUGGAUAAAGGAUUUUAAAAGUUAAGGAAAUGAUAUUAAGACAUUGCUAUGACCAUAUUAAAAACACAAAAAAAAUGUACCAUAAACUUGUCGAAUGUGACUGGGUAUAACUUUAAGUGAACAUGAGGUAUUAUCAAUGGUUACCGUUGCUCUCAACGUGAGGGAACUAGGUGUAUCAUGAAAACUGUAAGUUAAUGUUAUUAUUAAACUCAAGUGAUGAUGAUGUUACUUGUCAUUAUUACAGGUCUUAAUAAGGUAUGUGUUCCGAUGUCAAAUGAAAACUUACAGCAUCGCGUUACCCCAUUUGGUGAUUAUAUUUCAUUUGCGUAUAAGUUUUUAGUGUACCAUCCCAAAACUCUGAAGUGCAUUUUGCAUGUGAAACUUGCAGAAUCAAGAACUAUGCUGCUGUUGAUGCACCUGUUGAGGCAUUCACAAACAUCCUUUUUUCUUCUGGAACCACUGGUAACUUAUGCAACCUAACACAGAGUUUGUUGAUGCUUAAUAUUUUGCAUACAUCUUUGUUUGUGGGAUAAUGACGUGGAAAAUAAGCUUUGUAUGAAAAUCCAUAAAACCACUUCACUUUGGUUUACACUAUUUCUGAUUUUCUGAACUGGAAGAAAACCCUCUUUUGCUGAUUCUGGAAUGACCUAAUUUUGUAUCACAUCUAGCAGAAAUUUCCUUGGUGUACUACAGUUAAACGAAGAACACUCUGUAAAAAGCGAACUAUAAUGAAUAAUAUUAUAUUCUCUUGUUCAAAAAAAUUCAGAAGAUUCGUUGUCAUUAAGAAAUAUCCCUGAGGAUCAUCACCGACUUUGUUUGCAGUUGUUUUUGUUUUCUGAAAGCGCUUACGAAGCUUUUAUUUUUGUAGGAGAACCAAAGGCAAUUCCUUGGACGCAUGCUACACCUCUCAAGGCUGCCGCUGAUGCUUGGUCUCACAUGGACAUUCGUAAAGGGGAUGUUGUUGCUUGGCCUACAAACCUUGGAUGGAUGAUGGGACCAUGGCUUGUUUAUGCCACUUUAAUCAACGGUGCUUCUAUGGCUUUAUACAAUGGGUCACCGCUUGGUCAUGGAUUCGCCAAGUUUGUGCAGGUAGCAUUGGUUACUGUCAGUGACUUUGGAUAAGAAUAAAACUUGUUUUAUCAACAAAAUUUCAUUUAUUCGAGCUUCUUUUUUAGAGUGAAAACCCCCUGUUGCGUUACUUUUCUUUAAUCUGACGAAGAUAUGAAGUGCAUUAAAGAAACAUUUCUAUAUUAAAGAAAUAAUUCGGAAAUUUCUUUCGUGACACCAGAAAAUUUCUCACUGAUGUGCCUCGUGUUCUCAGAAAUGUGUUGGAUAAUCAUUACUAGGAACUUUUGCAUUCUCCAAUUGCAUGCGGAUCCACAUCCUCUCUUUAUUUUCUAGAAAUUGCGCUGACAGAUGCUAGUAGGACAAAUAAACAGGCCAAUCAAUAAUAUUUGAGAAGUUCACGAUUUUUUCUUCCCCCCUUAGCAAAAAGAGAUUUUAGCAACCCUAUAGGUAGCUAAAGUCCCGCAGAUGCCUUUUUUGAAAUGGCAUCGUUGUGUAUGUUGUUGGGCCUCCUAUGCCUACUUUUUCUUUGCCUUCAUGGCUAAGCACUAAACUAUUUUAGAGAGCACUGUAAAAUCAUUUAUGGCUGACAUUCGUACUACUAUAUCGUUUAUACUGCAUUUUAUUUAUGAAAGCACAUUAUAUGUAGAGUCUGAAGGCCUCCUCAUAUGCGUUACCCCGGCCAAGUUGUCCUACCCUCAUAUCUGAACAUGCGCGUGAUCAUUUUAAUUUUUAGUGAAAAAUAGUCGAUUCAGUAUGGGCAUGUAUAUUAAUUUUCUUCAAAAGUUGAUAAAAUCAUCAUUUUCUAGUAUGCGUACGAAUUUUCUCUCCCUCUCUUGGUUAUUCUUUUCUCUUCUGCGGAAUCUCUCAUUGACUGCAGGAGAGUCUCACUCCUACCACUAAAUACCACUUGACAUGGCUUACUACCAUGUCUUACAUUAUCGCAGAACAGAAAGGAAAAUUUCAUUCAUUUCUGUGUAAUUUUUUUCCAAUCUUAAAAAAAUUAUAAUUUGGUUAUUAACAUUUUUGGAGAGCUAUGGACUCAGAAAUGGGGAAGAAAUAAUUGAACAAAAGUCAAUAGGUAUAAAAGCACACAAAAGAGACUAUUUACCUUACCCCAGAUCAUGGAGAACCAGGAUUGGUGAAACCAGCUGAUUCCUGAUAGAACAGCAAGCAGACCCGGCGCAUUAUUAUUAAGAAAGCAGAAAACACUCUGUCAAUCGAAAUCACUUUGUUGGGGAGUCAGAAGCUUGGCCAAAAUACUGAAUCCCCUUAGAAAUUAGAGUGCUGCUAGAGGUUCAUGGAGCGUAGGCACUUGUCUGUUCAAAUCCUUGGGUGGUAUGGUGAUGGGUGAUAGUGGUCUUGAACUGAUGUUCGAGUUAUAGGCCGAACUUCAUAAAGGAACAUUAUUAUUAGCUAUAAGGACAGGGGUAAGUAGCUGUACAGGUCAAGAAUAGCCUGCUUUGUGAAUAUAUAAUUAGUAUUCAGUGUUUCUCAAUCCUUUGAAUCCCGCUCUUGGAUUAUUAUUGAUAUUGAGAUGAAACUUAUGAGUGUUUCCAAAUAUAACCACCAGUUCUUCACAUGCUUUUGUAAAAUCUCAUGGGUCCUCUGAAGCCUUGUUGAGCGGAACUUGGUCAAGAUAUUGAUAAACAGUUGGGAAUGUGCAGCCAUUCUUAUGGGAAUGACUCUGUUGUUGACGAUGCAAUCUAAAUAGACGCGUCUAUGUUGGGAAUCGAGUGCACUCUAUCACUUCACUGAAUAAAUCUAUUCAGGAAUUUUCUUCUACAUACGAGACUAAGCUCAAAUUCGAGAAUUAAUUUCUUAGGGAUACUAAACUUCGGCUUCUUUGGUCUGCAUUAACCCCCUUUGCUGACUUCCUAGGACGCCAAGGUCACGAUGCUGGGUGUUGUUCCCAGUAUUGUGCGUACCUGGAAAAAUACAAACUGCACUGCGGGCUUUGAUUGGUCUUCCAUUCGGUAAGAUCAUCCAAGAGGUUUUUUUAAAAAAGGAAUGUUACUUUUUAGGGCAUUACUUUGAUGUGAUGUAUCUGAUCUUCGUUCUUCUCGAAAACUAAUAGAUGCUUCAGCUCCACUGGGGAAGCAUCAAGUGUCGAAGAGUACCUCUGGCUUAUGGGUAGAGCUCACUACAAGCCUGUGAUCGAGUACUGCGGUGGGACAGAGAUCGGGGGAGCAUUUGUUUCUGGCUCAUUGUUGCAGUCUCAGUCGCUGUCUUCUUUCAGCACACCAGCUAUGGGCUGCACUUUGCUGAUCCUAGGCAGUGAUGGGAACCCUCUGGUAAGCGUUUCUGACCUCCAUGGUGUCUUCUUCUCGCAGGUAGUCUUCAUGGUUAUCAAAGUAGACAUGCGAUGCGCAAUUGAGCUAAUAUAUCUUCUUCAUGAGCAGUGGCUAUUUCCAUUAUUCGACCCUUUCUCCAAUUAGAAAUAGCAUUCUAAAUUUAUGCACUUCCCCGUCAUACCCAUUAAUCAUAUUUGUCUUCUUUCCAAACUCCACCAUCAUCCAAGAAAAUCUGAAAUCCCGUUUAUAUGAUCAGCAUCUGUUAAUAUUCUUUACCUGUUUCUCCGACUAGAGAUGAGAAUUUCGCUCAAGAAUCACAAGCCCAGGCCAUGUAGCCUGACUCUGUUCUACUCUUGUCUGCAGCCACAAGGCGCGCCGGGAAUUGGGGAGCUGGCGCUCUUCCCCACCAUGCUUGGGGCAUCGACCAGGUUACUGAAUGCUGACCACUACAAUGUCUACUUCCGGGGGAUGCCGGUCUGGAAUGGGAAGGUGAUGAUCUCCAUUCAGUUCUCUGAAUCCCCUUCUUCAUCCUGCUCAAUCGCUCUUCCAAUGCAGACCCUUCGGCGACAUGGAGAUGAGUUCGAGAGAACGACUUCUGGAUACUACAGAGCCCACGGUCGCGCAGAUGAUACAAUGAACCUCGGCGGCAUCAAGGUGGCUACUGAUAUGGUGUAGACUUCCUAGUUUUUCUUGAUCUUUGUGGUCCUCUGUUCCCCACUGCCCUUUUUCCUUCAAUCAGGUAAGCUCCGUUGAGAUUGAACGCAUCUGCAAUGAAGUGGAUGGCAAUGUUCUUGAGACAGCGGCGAUAGGGGUGCCGCCGUUGGGCGGUGGUCCUGAGCAGUUGGUCGUUGUCGUCGUCUUCAAGGAGCAGAAGCACUCGGAGGAGACUUUGGGCCACUUGAAGGCUGCAUUCAACUCAUCACUCCAGAAGAAGCUGAACCCUCUUUUCAGGGUAGCUUUAUCAUACUCUCUCUCUCUCUCUCUCUCUCUCUCUCUCUCUCUCUCUCUCUCUCUCAUACCCUCUUUCAUGAUUCAAUGCAGGCCUCGUCUGUGGUGGCUGUCCCUGCUCUUCCCAGAACAGCAUCAAACAAAGUCAUGAGAAGGCUUUUGAAGCAGCAGUUCGUGCAGCGUAACCAAGUUGCGAAGUUAUGA